AUGUUUAAUCCAUCACCGGUUAUGCAAGCAGAAGUAUUACCAUGGACGCUUGGGGAGCAGCCAGUUAAAGGGAUGGUAUUCGCGACUAAAUUGGCAGUGCGACGUGCGUUGACUUGGUACGCAGUGCGAGAGAAUUUUAGCUUCAAAACUAAGCAUUCAGAUUCAGAGAGGCUUAUGGUGAGUUGCGAGGAUGAUUCCUGUCUAUGGUCAGUCCGUGCGAUAUGUUGCAAGGGAGACAAUGUCUGGAAGAUCGCAAAAUGCAAGGGCCCCCACACGUGCGACAAAAUUCAGAAUGCUCAUGAUGGUCGGAUGAUUGAUUCGGUGUUCUUAGCAUAUGUACUUGAGCGCUAUAUACGAGAAGACCCUGCGUAUAAGAUAAAGAACUUACGCCACGUUGCUUUGGUAUGGGAUGCCAAACAAAAGGCCGUUGCAUCUAUAUACGGGGAUUUUAAGGAGUCUUAUGCGGAGUUGCCGCGUUUUUUGGCAGGACUGAAGGACGCAAGUUCGGGUACAGAGUAUAAGUUAAUAGUGGACGAUAAUUAUGAACAGGGAACCUGUACAUUCAAGUUCGUAUUUUGGGCGUUUCGUCCAUGUAUUGUUGGGUUCAAGAAGUGUAGGCCUGUGAUUAGCAUUGAUGCAACCCACCUCUAUGGAAAAUAUAAAGGGAAAUUGAUGAUUGCAAUGGCGACAGAUGCUAAUAAUAAAAUUUAUCCAGUAGCCUUCGCCGUUGUCGAGAGCGAGAGCACAGAGACUUGGGGUUGGUUCUUGGCUUGUAUAAGAACGUAUGUUACCGACCGGAGACACCUGUGUGUCAUAUCUGACAGACACCCUGGGAUACAAGCUAUAUUUAGAGACAAUAAUCGAGACUUUUCCCUGCGGCCUCCCAUGACAGAACAUCGUUACUGCCUUCGUCAUCUAUGUAGUAACGUCAACACUAGAUGGAACAAUGAAACUUUAAAGAAUCUAGUAUGGAGGGCAGCAAGUGCUACCCAGGAGCGAAAGUUCAAUGCCACCUUCGAGUUAAUUGAGAAUGUCAACCGGGAUGCGCACCAAUAUCUAAAGGAUGUGCCCAAAGAGAAAUGGGCUCUAAGUUUUGACAAGGGUUAUCGUUAUGGGGCAAUGACGACAAACGUCUCUGAGUGCUUCAAUGGUGUUCUAAAGGGUGCUCGUAGCUUGCCCAUUACGGCAAUGGUGAAAUACGCAUGGUUCAAAUUGAAUUCUUACUUCGAUGAUCGUCGCAAUAAGAGCAUAGCACAGUUAAAUUCGGGACAAAAAUGGACUAAAUAUGCCUUGGAUAUCUUCAUGAGAAAUAAGGCGAAGGCGAAGCAUCACAGGGUGACAAGAUUGAGCGCGCAACAACAAUCAUAUCAAGUAGAUACACCGCAUAAUCCAGAGAGUGCUGGACAUGGGGAUCACACACAUGGAGUUAAUUUGUUGCAAAGAAGUUGCAUAUGUCAAAAAUGGAAGCUGUACAAGAUACCAUGUUCACAUGUCAAUGUAGUUUGUAUUAGGUAUCGACAUGAUGCAGAGCAAUACAUUGACCCAUGCUAUAGCGUGGAUGCACUAUUUCGGAGCUAUGCUCUCGUUUUCCCUGCGUUGAAAGAUAGAUUAUCAUGGUUGGAUCCUGAAGAAACUCGAAGGGUCCUCCCUAACCCCUGA